AUGCCCACCCCCAACCCACGGGACUGGCAGUCUCCAGUGUGCACAGAGAACCGCUGUGCUGAUUUGCAUUUCCACCUGGUUUGGACCCUGCCCAGUGUGCAGCUGCAGUCAGGGAACAUGGGCUUGAGGGGAAGAGGUGGCCCAACAGCAUGUGCUGGGAAAACAGGGCAAGCGAACUCCGGGAGAGAGGAAGCUCAAGACGGGUCGUGGGUAGUGGAAGAUUCUUCAACCAAUCAUGCCACCAAUACAGAUGUUUCUCUGUCUUCAUAUGAUGAAGAUGAGGGAUCUACACUUAUCCAAAAAGCAAGAGAGGCACCAUCUGUCCCAAUUGGGAUGACAGGUUUUGCAGCAAUUGCUGCAUAUGGAUUAUAUAAACUGAAGAGCAGGGGAAAUACUAAAAUGUCCGUUCACCUGAUUCACAUGCACGUGGCAGCCCAAGGCUUUGCUGUGGGAGCAGUGACUCUUGGUAUGGGCUAUUCCUUGUAUCGGGAAUACUGGGUAAAACCUAAACCUUAGAAGAAGAGGUGCUGUCGUGCUAUCUUGGUGUUGAUGGUAUUUGCUUUAGUUAAACACCUCAAAUAAAGGUUACACAUACAUGCUGAAAAUAAAUCAUCUGAGUAGGUUUAGAUAACAUGGUAUUUUGAAUAUUGGCUUCCUUUCUUUCAGGCUUGAUUUGCCUAGUGACCAAAUUAUUGGUGACAAGUUCACUAACUAGGUCACACAGGGAAGUCAAGUUAGCACAAAAGAAACAUGUCAUCCAGAUUCUCUUGAUAAUGGUAAAAUGUCCACGUUCUUAAACUCUCAUGAUGAAAUUAGUGCUACAAAGGACAGCAGGCCAAUCCUGAAGUAUUUCGAGUUGCUGCAAAAUAUCACAUUGGUUGUUAUGUGCUAUUUACCCCAAUUAAUUUUUUUCUGCCCACCUUCUAAACUUGUCUAGUGUUUUGGUUUCUAGGGCUGGUUUACUCUUAAAGAACUCAGAAAAGUGCAUGGAAUAUAACAUUAUAAUGCCUCCCACAACUGAAAAUGUGUGUGUGUGUGUAUGUGUUUAAGCUAAACCUAAAAACCUGGUAACAGAGCUGCUUACAAGUAGUAUUUGUUGUAGAAUCAUACUUAUAAAUAAACAUGAGGAUAACUUAA